CGCCGGCGAGCGCGGCAGCGCCGGGGAUCGGGGCGGCGCCAUGGGCAGCGAUAAAGGGCGAUAAGGAGCGAUGAGGAGCCGGAGCGGACCCCGUGGGGAGUCCCCGCCGCGAGGCACUGCUGCAGCUCUGAAGAGGAGGAGUAGCAAAAGCUCGUCACAGUUCUGGCAGAAAUGGUUUUCCCCUGGAAUCUCCAGUGAUAGAUCUGCAGAGGACAUCCAGCUUUAGACAGCUGUGGAAUCCUGGAGAUGAACACAUUUUAUCACAUUUUCUCAGGCUUUGGAAGGUGCUGAACAGAUGAGCUGGCUUUGAGUAUGCCUCGUGUAGGAGACUCCUUUGUUCAGCAGCCAGAGGCACACGGGGGCCUGCUGUGAUUCCCAGAGUGGGAUUGUUGUCCUGGCAGCAUGGCCAGCAAGGAUCCAAGGAACGGAAGCAAAAUGUUCCUUUUGCAAGCAGAGAGGUUUGUUUGUUAAUCUCCAUGAGAACCCCAAUGGAUGUGCCAGUGCCUCUCUGUCAGCUUGUGUGCCUCACCUUUCUGUCUACAGCUGUUUGCAGCCUGCCUGAAAGAAUUUUGGAGGGGCUUCCCUACAACCUCCAGAUGGACUCCCACAAUUUCCAGCACAUUUUGACCUGGCAGGCAGAACAUGACCCAGCUGUGCCAGCAUCCUACAACGUGCUGUACAGACACCGCAGGAGCCAGGGCUGGAUGAGUGCUCGGCAGUGUUCAGGCAUUGCCCAGCUCUCCUGUGAGCUGACAGAGGAGUUCAAGGACACAUCCACUGAGUACUCUGCACUUGUUCAGAGCACUGGAGGAGCUCAGGUGCUCAAUUCUUCUGUGCUGCGCUUCGUGCCGCUCACUGAGACAAUUCUGGGACCACCAGAAGUGAAUAUCACUUCCUGUCCAAACUGCAUCAAUGUCACCAUAAAGCUGCCAGCCUCUCACUUCAGAGCCAAGGGGAAGCUGCUGUCCUUAAUUGAUAUCUAUGAAGAGCUGGAUUAUGACAUCACACUGAAAUCACAGGAUGGAGAGCAUAAGAGGCCACGGCAGAGAACCACUGAAGAGGUGUUUAGUACUGUCAUCGAGGAAUUGUAUCCCAGCAGGAAUUACUGUGUGUCCGUGGGGGUCAGUGCAUCCCUGAACAAGAAUUCUGUCCCCUCCCCCUGGAAAUGUGUCACCACGGACUCGGAGGCUCGGCAGGGGUAUCAUGAAGCUGCAGUGGCCGGUGCUCUCUGUGUUUCACUGAUAAUUGCUGCAGUCCUGAAGUGUGUGCACACAGCAGGUUUUAUUUUCCCGAAGUUUUCCCUUCCUCAGACCUUGGCAUGCAUCAGGAAGUUGGCCUACUCACCUUGGGUGUCCGAGUCAGAAACGCUGGCCUCUGUGGAGAUCAUCCCCAGAGAGGUGAAAAGCAAGGCCAGGGGCUGCAGAGGCAGUGCCAGCAGUGACACUGACAGCAGUGACACUGACAGCAGUGACAGUGACAGCAGUGCCCUGUGUGACCACAACUACGCCAGGCGGGAGAGGCUGGGCAGGGCCAGCGUCCCGCAGGGCUGUGACACCGCCAGCAGCCUGAGGCAGUACUCAGUGAGCAGCACCUGUGAGCACAGCAGCAGCCAGGCUGGGGACACGCCGGCCGAGCCCCAGGAGCGCCCUGAAGGGGACAGAGAGGCCAGGAGCGAGUUCCUGAGCCCUCUCUCUGGGGACAGCUGCCAGCCCCAGGGCAGCAGUGAGUGCUUCACCAUCAGCCUGCACACGGUGCUGCUGGGAACCCUGGAGGAUGUGCCAGCCCAGCAGGAUGCAGGUGCCUGGCACUGUGCUCAUGCUCUGCAGGAAAAGCUGCUGGAGGACACGGGAAGUGAGCAGGGAGCACCUUGUUCCGAUGGCUUCCAUGAGUGGCAAAACUGCUCCUCUUCCUCUGAGGAAAGCGACUCUUUGGACUCGGACACGGAGCAAGUAACGGGGUACAUGAGGAGAUGAAGAAGGGAGAACUGCUUUUACUCUAUAACAUAGGGACCAGCGUUGUCCAACUUUUAUUUCUGGACUGAGCACAGAGAUGUUGUCCUUUCAUUAGCAUGGUGUGAGUGUGGGCUCCUACAGAACGAGCUGGGGGCCUUCAUCUGGAGAAGGAUCCAAAGAGCCCUUAGAGCCCCUUCCUGUGCCUAAAGGGGCUCCAAAAGAGGGGCUUUGGACAAGGGAUGGAAGGACAGGACAAGAGGGAAUGGCUUCAAACUGACAAGAGGGCAGUUUUGUUUUAGAAAUUGUUCCCUGUGAAGGUGGGUAGAGACAAUUUCCAAGGCCUGGAGGGACAGGAGCCAGGGAAUGGCUCCCAGUGCCAGAGGGCAGGGCUGGAUGGGAGAUUGGGAAUCGGGAAUUGUUCCCUGGCAGGGUGGGCAGGGGCUGGGAUGGAAUUGCCAGAGCAGCUGGGGCUGCCCCUGGAUCCCUGGCAGUGCCCAAGGCCAGGUUGGACACUGGGGCUGGAGCAGCCUGGCACAAUGGAAGGCUGCUCUCCCAACCAGACCACUUUAACAAUUUUUUAAAAUUCUUUAUCUCUGUCACUGGAUUUUUGGAAGCCUGUUCUGCUGGCUGGGUGCUCUAUUUGUGCAGAGAACGCUGAUCAAGUGGAACAAUGGGGGCAGAGACAGGAACACUCAGCUGACGAAAGAGUGGAUCGAGGCAUUAACACACUUCCCCAAUUUAUUUUUAUAUCAUUUUUGUACGAUUACUGAUUCCUAUUAAAAUAUUUUUAUGACAUUUAAAA